AUUUGCUCCUCAUCUGGGAAUUCCCUGAAGACAGGUUAAGAUUUUCAUAGCAUGUAAGACGAUUAAGAUGAUCUAUCUGGAAAGGUACUGCGCAUUGAUGUCAUUUAAAGCUAUAGCAUGGAUGAAUAAAACUAUAUACGUGAUUAGAUAUCAUCCAUCAAAGGGGUGUCUAAAGAAGAUCACGUUCUCCAAAAAAUAAUCACUGGGACACAAGCAAGAAUGGAAAUAACCUGAUAGAACAGCCGUCUUGGGAACAUAACGAGCUUGCCGGGAAAUAAAAAAAAAACGGGGCUGUUAGUGAAAGAAGCAUGUUCUGAAUGCCGUUCAACGUGUUCCAUUCAACUUUCCUAUUGAACACAAAUAAUUCUGCCUUUCGUGACAUUGAUUUUCUCAUAUGCUGAGACUCCAAUCUGCGCAAAAGCCCGCCUUCAACCAGCAAGUAACCGGCUAUGGGUGUGGGGAGUGAACAACGCUUCAGGUAGCGACUUUUCCUGGCCAUCUCCGUCAAACAGCAGCGGUGAAGCAGCCUGAGAAGCUCAGCAAUGGCAACAUGUACAGAAAGACACGUCUUGGAUGGGUAAUCUCAUAUCGGAGCCGUGUCCGCUCCUGAGGUGUAAACUGAGCUUUCCGCUCUCUCAGGAAAUUCGCUUUUGAAAUGGGAAAAUGCACAGUCCGGCAAAUAUAAUACUCGUGUGCUCUUUGAUGAAAUGGGUUCAUGAAGCUCAAUCUUUGUUUCACCUGAUAAUUGUGCAUCAUAAUGAUCUGCAUGCACAUUUUGGUACAGUAACAACUUACCUGAACCCCUGCAUGAAAACUUACUUAGAAAAACGGCCAUGUUAUGGUGGAUUUGCCAGAGCCGUUUGGUUCGUGAAAAAUCUGAAAUCCACUAAACCGGACGCUAAUUUUCUGGUAGUUAACCCUGGCGAUUUCUUUCAAGGCACCACGUUCUACUCUGUAUUCAAGUGGCGUUUUGUGGCUGACAUGUUGCAAUACAUGCCAUAUGACGCGCUGGCUCUGGGCAACUCUGAAUUUGUUGAUGGUCUCGACGGACUGAUCCCAUUUUUACGCGCCAUCGGGCCGUUGUUUGUUUGCACAAACAUUCGUUUCGACAAGAUCGCAAACGCAUCGCUGCGGCAAGAGAUGAGACAUUAUUGCCCGACCUACAAGAUAAUCCAAUACAAAGCGAAGCAGGUGUGCAUCCUCGGCUACACCACGCCAGUAACGGCCUAUAUAUCACAGGUCAGCUACGUGACGUUCGAGGAUGAAGUAACAGCGCUGACCAGAGAAAUACGAAAACGACGGACUGAUGGGCUGAAAAUCUUCGUGGCACUGGGGCAUUCGGGCUACGAGCGCGACCUGGAGAUAGCGCAUAUGGUACCCAGCCUAGACAUCAUCAUUGGAGCGCACUCUCACACACUUCUAUGGCCAAACAAGAGAGACCCAUUCAAACCAGGCACACCGCGUGACAGAACUGACAAAAUCCGCGCCAAAGGUAUUUAUCCAACUGUGGUAGUGCAGGCCAGCGGGCGCAAGGUGCUCGUGACGCAGAUGCUCAAACAUGGCAAAUAUCUGGGAGUGUUGGACAUCAUAUUCAAUGACGAUGACGAGGUGGACGAUGUUUUUCCAGAGGUGUACCUUUUCAUUGAGCCUCAGCUUCAAGCGGAUCCAACUAAAGACAUUGAUUACAACGCUAAGCCGGCUGACAAAGAAGACAACGCCACCGCUGCGGCCUUUCAUAACUACACUGAAAUGCUCGUGCCCAAGUUGAAUGAGAUAAUUGGAUCCACUCUGGUUGACUUGAUCGGCAAUUUUGACAUGUGUUACAGCGGCGAGUGCAACAUUGGCAGCAUGAUCGCCGACGCUAUGGUGUGGUCUCUACAGAAACACCACGCCUAUGGUACUCCGAGGACAGUGGUCGCCAUGUUCAACAGUGGCUCCAUCAAGUAUAACAUCCGGAAAGGGAACAUCACCCUGGCCUCCAUUCUGACGGUGAUCCCGUACCAGAACACGAUCGAUGUCGUUGAAAUAUACGGUUCGGCCUUGCGCAAAGCUUUAGAGAACAGUGUCGCGAAGGAGUUAGGGAAAUCAGGUCGCUUCCUGCAGAUCUCUGGCAUCCGCGUCGUGUACGACAUGGCCAAGCCUCUCGGCCAGCGCGUUGUGAGCCUGUUCGUGGCGGCGGAGUCGAGCGGAGGGACGCCACGGUUUGAGCCCGUGGUGCCCCACAAGCCUUACCGGGUAGCCAUGACCACCUUCAUAGCGGCAGGAAACGACGGCUACACGAUGCUGGCCAAAGACGAGAUAUCGGUGACGCGCAGGCACGAGCUUGAUCUGGACAUUGUCAUUGGUUACGUCCAGCAGAUGUCGCCGCUGUAUGCGCGGAAAGACGGCAGGAUUCAGUUUGUUGAUCACGCGCCAAGGAAGGACACCAGCAUGUCCAACAGACUGCACCAGCGCCAGUGGAACGUGCUGGGUGGUAUGUACCUGUCGGUAAUGGUCUUCCGGCUAUGCUGACGCAGCUCUCCGAAAGCGAAGUAUCGCUGGAAAUAUUGGAACAUUGUGCUUUUCUGCGCGUUGACUGGUGCUAUCAAAUGCAUUGUCGUAGGCACAUCAGGAACACGUCAGGAACACGUCAGGAACACGUCACAUCAGGAACACGUCACACCAGGAACACGUUCGAAGUCAGCAGCCCGAGAAGAUGCGGGAUAUGUCAGAAAACAUGUUCUGCCUUCAUCUGACUGAUGGCGUAUGCCCUGCAUGCAUGCAUGCCUAUGCACCACCCGCAAUUUCCAGAACAUUAUUUGGUCCCGAAAGUUUCUAAACCAAGACCAAGCUGUGCGAUGGCGUGCGGGCAAAGAGCAUUACAGCCCAUUCUUGCUGGUGUUCGAAUAGUGCAGUGUUCUUUGGUCACGCUUUGACUGAA